AUGAAACUUUCCACGCUCAGCCUGGCCUGGCCAGUGGUGCUUACAUCCCUCGCUGUCUCGCUCAAUCUCUGCCAUGCAUUGAUUGCCGAGUCGUUCUCGGGAUGGGAAAACACCCACUACUUGCGUACUGUUGAUCUCUCCAGGUCGUACGUCAAAGAAACGGCAUUAAUCCAAAUCAAAAACGUGGAUACCAAGCCUAUCUCCGAAUACUACUUCACAGUCAACGAUGGCUUUGAUGCCGUCGCCGAGAUUGCUGCAGUCACCUUUUCCGUCGAGCAGGGUUCUCAGAAGCUUGAGCUUGCAGGUGAGUUAGUCGGACCAAAAAUGUACAAAUUGGACUUGCCAAUUCCAGUGGCACCAGCUUCCACCGCUGAACUCGCUAUCAACACUAUCUACUUGGGCUCCUUACAACCAUUGCCAGCCAAGAUUGGAAUCAACGCCGUGCAACAACUUUUGCUUCAAGCCAAUAAGUACCCAUACUCCCCAUACACCACCAAAGAAUACUCCAUGACCUUCACUGGAAUUCGUAAGGGACAGGAAAUGGAAUUGUUCCUUAGUGAGGAUAUUGUGGUCUCUGACGUGCCAACCCUCAAACCAAGAGUGGACAACAAGGCGCUCGUCUAUGGACCAAUUAGCCAUGACAUCGAGCCAUUCACCUUGGUUCCAAUGGGUUUGUUAUACGACCACAAUCGUGCUUUGGGUGUUGUGGAAAACUUAAACCGUUCCAUUUGGAUUCCUGCCUCUGAUGUUGAACAAUUACCAGCUGAAGAGUACUACGAAUUGACCAACAAAGGUGCUCAAUUAAAUACUGGGUUUUCCAGAGUUGACUGGAUGAAGGGACGUUACGAUGCCAGCAACCACUGGGCAUUGAACCAAUUGAACUUCCCAUUCACCCCUGACAAUUCCUUCGAUGAUUACUACUACAGUGACUUGGUUGGUGCUGUUUCUACCCAUCAAACCUUGAAGAACACAUUGGUGUUACAGCCAAGAUUCCCAUUGUUUGGAGACUGGCACUACAACUUCACUUUGUCCUGGAACUACAAAUUGAGCAAGUUCGUCCACAAGGCCCAUGACUCUCAAGACACUUACGUUGCCAAGGUUCCUUUGGUCAACUCCUUGGUGGAUACUACGUACAAUAACGUUUACUUGAGCUUUUACUUGCCAGAAAAUGCCGAAUUUGUUGACGUUUCUUCCCCAAUUUCUUUCGAAUCAGUCAUUGUUGACAACGAAUUAUCCUACUUGGAUGUUUCCAAGGGUCAUGUCAAGGUGACUCUUCACUACAAGAAUGCUAUUGAUGCUUUCAACAACUUGGAUGUCCUUAUUGUCUAUAAGUACACCAAGGCCAGUUACAUCUACAAAGUCUUGAAAAUUUCUGGAUUUGUUUUCGCUGGAUUGGUAAGUUACUACUUAUUGGGCUUGAUUGAUCUCAGAGUUAGUGAGGAGGAAAAGUAG